AUGGACGUGGAGCGGAUCCGACAACAACUCAAACCGGGCCUGGGGACGGUCCUGCAGGAGGCCUUCAAGCCGCGCGGCCGCACCUCGCGGCGCUCCACGGGCGCCCUUCCAGCGUGGGGAGCUUGGGGAGCUUUGGCGAUGCUCUGCAUUUGGCCAUAG